AUGCGGGUCGCGUUCGAGCUCUCGCGCGCGACGACGACGGCGGUAUCGACGUCCACGGUCGCGCACAUGCGCCGCUCGACGGCACGCAAGGCUCUGAAACGACCGAGUUCUCUUCACACGCUGUCGCUGACGAGGCGUCGAGCGCGAACGACGAGAGAGACGCUCGCGCGCGAGUCCGCGUCCGAGCGAUCGAGCGAGCCGUCGACGUCGAAUGCAUACGACGGUUCGAUCGCGCGCGCCGAGACGUCGACGUCGUCGACGUCGAUGGAGGUCCAACGCGCGCUCGCGAGGAGAAUGCUCGAGGCGCAGCGGAGCUGGGUGAGCAAGAGCGCGUCCACGAAGGACGUGGACACCGACGUCGAGGUCGUGGGCGUCUUCACCGAGGCGUAUACGCGCGUUCGGUGGCUCCUGGGGCUGUUGAUUUUACAGAGCACGUCAAGCUUCGUGCUGAGCGGAUACGAAGAUUUAAUCAAGGAGAACAUCAUCGUGACGCUCUUCCUCACGAUGUUGGUCGGCGCCGGGGGCAACGCGGGAAAUCAGAGCGCCAUUCACGUCAUCCGCGGUUUAGCGACGGGGGAGAUGGAAAAUACGAACGAGUGCAUGCGGAAGACUCUGGUUGAACAAUUUCAGGUCGGUUUAAUGCUCGGAGUGGUUUUGUCUAGCGCUGGUUUCGUGCGAGUUUUACUCACGUCUCCGCAGGGCACGGACGAUUUAAUCGGGCCGUUCGCCAUCGCGACCGCGUUGUUCGCUAUCGUCACCACGUCCACGUGCGUUGGAACGGCUCUGCCAUUUCUUUUGAUGAGGUUGAAUCAAGAUCCGGCUAACGCGGGCACGAGUGUACAGGUCGUCAUGGAUGUCAGCGGCGUGAUAAUUACGUGCACUGUUGCUUCCUUCAUCUUUGAGCACUUCGUAUGA